AUGGCCUUCAGCUUUGGCGCGUCCAACCCCGCCGGGGCAGUCGCCUCUGCGGAGCUUGGCCCAGAGCUUCCCGAUGUCUUCACAGAUGAAAUCGGCUUCAAGGGCGUAUCUGGCGAUGCCAACGUUCGAUUCCUUCCUACCGCCUGGCCCGACGACGCGCUUCCGGCACCUACCUCGUCUCUUUUGGCUGUCGCGCACACCAAGGGCCUUGUUGUUGGUGCUGGCCCGAAUGCGCUGGCAAUCAGCACGACCGAGACCAUCCAAAGUUCGAUCGAGGCGCCGGCAGGGGAGAACAUGGAAAAGACCAAGGCGUUCCAACCCCAGGCUACCAUUCCUCUUCCCUCUCGUCCCACACAUGUGGCUUUUACUCCGGGUGAGGACGGUUUGAUCCUUGCGACGGAAAAUGGCGCAUCUCUUUCCGUAUUCGACACAAACACUUUGGCGCAAGGCAAUGCGCAACCAGCCAUUUCAAUCCCAACGAAUGGGGUGUCCCUACGUGCUCUUGCGCCCAACCCCGAUCCCGCCUCCACACUUGUCGCACUCGUCACUGUGAACGGUGACCUUUUGAUUGCGGAUCUCAAGGCUGGAAACCUCUUGCCUGGUCCGAACGGUCCGGUUCUCAAGGAUGGCGUGAGCUGUGUUUCAUGGAGCAGUAAAGGAAAGCAGCUUAUGGCCGGUCUGGCCGAUGGUACUGGUUACCAGAUGACUCCAGAUGGCGCAAAGAAAGCCGAUAUUCCGAAACCUUCAGAUUUGGAAGGAGAUUGCCAUGUAUCUUCCGCUAUGUGGCUUGAGAAUGACUUAUUUUUCAUGACUUACACCCCCAAUGCAGCGGAAGACGAUAUGGGAAUGAACCCUGCCUCUUCCUACUACAUCAUCACACGGCGCAAGCAGCAGCCAUUCCUGAUUCAGAAAUUGCCUGAAAUCUGCUCGACCAUGGGCUUUAUGCUCAAGCGCGCCCCUGCGUUCCAAUUCAUCACAAGAAUCAGAGAUUACAAGCCUCAUUUGAGAGAUGCCCUGAUCGUCUCAUCCACCGCGUCGACUGACGUUGGGCUUAUCACGCGAUCUGACCAGGCCCUGGCGAAUGAUGAAAGAGCCAAGCUUCACGUCGGACAGUUCAUGACUACAGAAGUAAACGAUGAUACCAAGCGAGCUAGUAUCCCACUAAAGGAAUCUGGGGAUGAGACAUCAGUCAUUGGUUUGGCACCUAACCUGUCAGCCACAAAGAACGUCAUUGCGCCCCUCCCUGGAACCGACAUUAUGGAGAGCUCAACACCUCUCCCCGGUAUCUUGCUUUUGAACAACGAGGGUAUCCUCUCAUCUUGGUGGUUCAUCUAUGCGGAAUCCAUUCGCCAAAAUGUUCCAUACUCCGGCCUGGUCUCAUCUGGCCAGACACCCAAGGCUCCGGCCCAGGCUCCAGCUCAGACUCCGGCUCCGGCCGUGGCUGCAGCUCCAGCCUUUGGGCAAUCUACCUUUGGAAAGCCAGCAGGAGCCUCUGUCAACGGAAAUGCGCCCACGAGCUUAGCUCAACCUGCAUUUGCACAACAGAGCACCCCAGGAUUUGGCAGCCCCUCUCCACUUGGUGGAAACUCACCUUUUGGAAAACCCUCCACCCCAGGACCCGCAUUUGGAGCGUCUUCCCAGCUGGGAUCCGGGGCUACAACUUUUGGAACCCCAAGUACCCCAGGAGCACAGUUCGGGAAGCCCAGCUUCGGGCAACCUAGUGCCUCGGGGAACGCCUUCGGUGCCAGUGGUAAACCAGCCAAUGGGGGUGGCUUCAGCUCGUUCUCGGGCGGAGGAGGGUUCAGUAGCUUCGCAUCUGCCAAGCCUGGCGCAUCGCCGUUUGGGGCGAAGCCUGCGGGCGAGUCGCCUUUCGGUGCCAAACCAGCGACGGGAGAUUCGCCAUUCGGCGCCAAGCCCGCAACAGGGGAAUCACCAUUUGCUGCUAAGCCAGCAGCAGCAGCAUCACCAUUCGGCGCCAAGCCCGCAACAGGGGAAUCACCAUUUGCUGCCAAGUCAGCAGCAGCAUCACCAUUCGGCGCCAAGCCCGCAACAGGGGAAUCACCAUUUGCUGCCAAGCCAGCAGCAGCAUCACCAUUUGCCGCAAAGCCAGCAACGGGAGAUUUGCCAUUUGCCGCAAAGCCAGCCACGGGACAGUCGCCAUUCGGCAAACCAUCCGGUGGAGAUACUUUCGGGCCACCGCCUGGUCACAAGCCCCAAACGUUCUUUUCACCUCCCGCGCGUCGCGAUGAACCAAAUAACCCGUUCCCUUCCUCGUCAGGCGGCUUCCAACUUAAGUCAAGCUUCAAGGGCGAUGGUUCGGCUUCUAACGAGGACAAGAAGACGGACAAAUCCUCAGCGGGUGCUUUCUCGUUUGGAAGCUCCUUUGAUGACAUGGUGUCAACACCACGCAAGGGAAGUGAGUCUCCAAGUGAGUCGAUGGAUGACACCGACGACGUGCCACCCGUGGACAAGAGCACAUUCUCAAUAUUCGGCGGGGCCAAGAAACCAGACUCGCAAACCCCUACAUCCAUGUUCAGCUCGAAGACGCAAUCCUCGACCGAGAAGAAAUCCUCGUUCUCGAUGUUUGGCAAUGCGGAUCAAAACCGAAUGACCAGUCCAUUGUCACCUCCUUCUGAUAAGACGGAGACACCUAAGAAAGACCAAUCCGCCUCUGGCAUCGACGUGGAAACUCCUUUGCCUCCAGACUCUACUAGUCGGGCAAGCUAUGCGGCUGGAGACACAUCCGCCUCUUCUAAUGUCUCAAAAAGCUCUGCCGAAGAUGCUCCACUGCCUCCAGAUUUCACCAAACCAAGCAAGUCUGCACCUAAGCCCGAGAACGAUGCCCCUCUACCACCUGAUUUCCUCCCAAAGAGCAAAUCCACACCCAAGGUUGAUGAUGCCCCUCUACCUCCCGAUUUCAUCACCAAGAAGAAGCCCGCGCCGGAGACAGAUGAUGCUCCUCUUCCUCCGGAUUUCCUAUCAAAGCCCAAGAAAUCAGACCCUCCGGCUGUUCCAGAGGAUGCGCCAUUGCCUCCCGACUUCACUGCGAAGCCAAAAUCCAAGCCUACUGAAGAGGCAGUUCCCAUUCCAGACGAAUCUGACUCUGGUGGUUCCGAGUUAGAAUCCGAGGCCGGAGAUGAAUCGGACUUCAACGAUAGCGGAGAAGAAAUCACCCACGAUGAAGCAACGACUGGAAAGCCCAAGCAAUCGGCAGAAAGUUCGUUUGGAGGACUUUCCGACAAAAGCUCCACUGGAGGAUUCUUCAGUGGCCCUUCCAAGCCUGCUGAAGAUAAAGGUCGUCUUCCGCGACAGCUGUUUGGGGAGAUUCCCAAACAACCGCUGCUUCCUCCCCCUGGCCCUAUCGCUCAAAGCAACCGUGAGCCUUAUCGAUCACCAAGCCCUGUCCGCCACGGCGCUUCAAAGAAGAACGUUCUCUUUUCCCCAGAGCCUCACGCUCGCAAAGAAUCUGGAAGCGCCUUGCACUCGCGCAAGGCAUCGCUCACCCAGCUUGCGGAGCGUGAUGGCCACCUGCGAAAGGCCAGUGACGUUGCUCGUCAGCAGCAAGAAGCACAGGAGCGCGCUCAUGCCGCGGCCGCGGCCCAGGCACGGGAAGAUGAUGUCUUGUCGUUGUCUGAUGACGAUGACGAUGACAGACUUCGUGAUGAAUUGGCUAAGCCUGUUGAGCCUGUGGAUACACUAGAUCCAUUCUUGCCUCACCAAAAUUACAUGGGCGAGACCGCGAAGCCAGGGAUUGCAGGACAGGUUGAGCGACUCUAUCGUGACAUUAAUUCCAUGGUCGACACCUUGGGAAUCAACGCCAGAUCACUGGCUGGAUUCCUUCUACACCAACAGCCCAAGCAAGAAUCUAAUAUCGACGACUGGGUCAUGGUUCUCAAUGGCGAUCAGCCCGCCGACAUCCUUGAUACCAAGAUGGCCUUGAAGGACAUCGAGAAAUUCGAGGAAAUGAUUAAGUCCGUUGAAAAGUCGUUGAAUGAUCAACGUGUGCAAGGAGUGGACGAGAAGCUCAAUGCUUGCCGUGACCUGCUCACCAAGCAGAUCGUGGCCCUCCUUUCCCAGUUCGCAAGCAUCCGCAAGAUUCUCGACGCGCACACAGACCGUGUUGCCAUCCUCGAGGCACCCCUCUCCGCCGAACAAGGCGCUCUCCAACACGACCUGCGCACAACCUUCACCAAUUUGCAAGCUCACACCGUCGAUCUCGAACAGGCAGUCUCCCUCCUACGCGCCAAACUCGCCGACAUGUCCCAGGUGAAGGGCGCAGCUCGCAACCGACCCACCGUCGAGGCUGUCACCAAGACCAUCGCCACCAUGAUGAGCAUGGUUGAAGGCAAGCGGACAGACAUCGAUGUCCUUGAAUCUCAGAUGCGCAGACUGGGCGUGGACGUAUCAGCAGCUGGCUCCUCCAGCCGCGAAGGUUCCCCAUUCAAUACUCCUCGCAAGGGUGCUGCUGGCCGCAUCCCCAUGACCCCUGGGUCGCGUGGAUCUAUCGAUGGCAGCUCCUACCACACUCCUGAGUCUGCCUCUCGCGGUAUCAACUUCCGCGCCAGCAUCAAUGGCUCGGUUCGGAAGAGCCGUCUCCGCAGCGUGGAGGGUCCCGGUGAGCCUGACUUCCCCGAGGAAGAUAGGACUGUUUACAAGGCCAAGCAAACCCGCCGCGAACACUUGAAUGUCAACCUGAAGAAAGCAUUCGAAGACAAGCAGGUGAAGGUGCGCGGUGUUGAUUGGUAG